AUGGCGUCAUUUCUGGAAAAUGCCUACAGCUUGGUCCAUUUGGACAAUACUGCUGAUCAGCCAGCUGUACAGGAGCUGAAAUUGCAACUAGAGAAGGGCAAUGAUGAGACGAAGAUGGAAACAAUGAGGCGGAUCAUCACAAUCAUGCUGAAUGGCGACCCGAUGUCCCAACUCCUCAUGCACAUCAUUCGCUUUGUCAUGCCGUCGAAGAGCAAGCCUCUCAAGAAGUUACUCUACUUCUACUACGAAAUCUGCCCGAAGCACGACGCCAAUGGUAAACUCAAGCAGGAGAUGAUCUUGGUGUGCAAUGGUAUUCGCAAUGACCUCCAGCAUCCCAAUGAAUAUAUUCGAGGCAACACUCUCCGCUUUCUAUGUAAGCUCCGUGAGCCGGAGCUCAUCGAACCCCUCCUCUCGUCGGCACGCUCAUGCCUUGAACAUCGCCACGCAUAUGUGAGAAAAAAUGCAGUUUGGGCGGUGGCUUCCAUUUUCCAACAUUCGGAGUCCCUCAUCCCAGACGCGCCAGAACUGAUUCAAACAUUCCUCGAGUCGGAGACGGAUAGUACUUGCAAGCGCAAUGCGUUCGCUGCUCUGAUGUCCAUCAGCCACCAGAAGGCUCUUGAAUACCUGGCCACCACUUUUGACAGCAUUCCGAAUACAGACGAAUUACUUCAAUUGGCGGAGCUUGAGUUCAUCAGGAAGGAUGCGGUGCAGAACACUCAGAACAAGGGAAAAUACUUGCGUCUCAUCUUUGAUCUACUAGAGGCAUCGACAAGUACAGUGGUAUACGAAGCGGCAACGUCGCUCACAGCUCUUACCAGUAAUCCAGUAGCCGUGAAAGCUGCGGCAAGCAAAUUGAUCGAGCUUUGCAUCAAAGAAGCCGACAACAAUGUCAAGCUCAUUGUACUUGACAGAGUUGACCAGCUUAGAAGUCGCAAUGAGGGCGUUUUGGAUGAUCUUACCAUGGAGAUUCUUCGUGUUCUCUCCAGCCCUGACAUUGAUGUUCGGCGCAAAGCUCUCGGUAUCGCCUUGGAAAUGGUCUCGAGCAAGAAUGUUGAAGAGGUCGUCAUGCUGCUGAAGAAGGAACUGGGCAAGACGGUAGAUGAGCAGUACGAGAAGAACAGCGAAUAUCGUCAGCUCGUGAUCCAGUCGAUACACCAUUGUGCCAUCAAGUUCUCCGAGAUUGCUGCUAGCGUCGUCGACCUUUUGAUGGAUUUCAUUGCGGACUUCAACAAUAACUCAGCGGUCGAUGUGAUCUCAUUUGUGAAGGAAGUUGUGGAGAAAUUCCCUAAGCUUCGCGCUUCUAUCGUUGACCGCCUUGUUUCUACUUUGAGCGAAGUCCGUGCUGGAAAGGUCUAUCGUGGUGUACUGUGGGUUGUCGGAGAGUAUUCCCUGGAGGAGAAAGACAUCCGUGAGGCUUGGAAGCGGAUCAGAGCAAGCCUUGGAGAGAUCCCCAUUUUGGCUUCUGAACAGCGACUUCUUGACGAGGUGCCCGAUGAGAGUGCACUCAAAGAGCAAGUCAACGGCCAUGCCAAGCCAUCAGCUCCGACUGGCUCUCGAAAGGUGCUGGCCGAUGGCACGUAUGCCACCGAGAGUGCUUUGACUAGCGAGUCCGCUGCUGCCGCCAGACUUGAGGCAGUCAAGGCUGCUCAAAAGCCUCCUCUUCGUCAGUUGAUCCUCGAUGGUGACUACUACCUAGCAACCGUUCUCUCCUCGACAUUAACGAAACUUGUAAUGCGCCACUCGGAAGUCUCGCAGGAUGUUGCUCGGACGAACGCACUGCGCGCUGAAGCGAUGUUGAUCAUGAUUUCUAUUAUCCGCGUCGGACAGUCCCAAUUUGUCAAGGCUCCCAUUGACGAAGAUUCUGUUGAUCGUAUCAUGUGCUGCGUGCGCUCCCUCAGUGAGUUCUCUCAAAGAAAGGAGCUAGAGACUACCUUCCUCGAAGACACACGCAAAGCAUUCCGUGAUAUGGUACAGGUGGAAGAUAAGAAGCGUGCUGCCAAGGAAGCUGUUGAGAAGGCCAAGACUGCUGUUCAGAUUGACGAUGCGAUUCCCAUCCGGCAAUUCACCAAGAAGUCUGGCCUUGAGGGCGCAGAAGAAAUGGAACUCGACCUGGCCAAGGCUACUGGCGGCGAUUCGACCGUGGAGACUGUGGCCUCGAAAUUGAGCCGAGUUGUGCAGCUUACCGGCUUUUCUGAUCCAGUCUACGCCGAGGCUUAUGUCACCGUCCAUCAAUUUGACAUCGUUCUUGACGUGCUCCUUGUCAACCAGACUCUCGAGACCUUGCAGAACCUAUCUGUUGAGUUUGCCACUCUUGGCGAUCUGAAGGUCGUUGAGCGACCAACCACGCACAACCUCGGACCUCGUGACUUUUUGAAUGUGCAGGCUACAGUCAAGGUGUCAUCCACGGAUACUGGCGUCAUCUUCGGCAACAUUGUAUAUGAUGGAGCGAGCUCGACGGAAACGCAUGUUGUCAUUCUUAACGAUAUCCAUGCAGAUAUCAUGGAUUACAUUCAACCCGCUCACUGCACCGAGACUCAAUUCCGGACGAUGUGGACGGAGUUCGAGUGGGAGAACAAGGUCAACAUCAACUCCAAGGCGAAGAGCCUUCGCGAGUUCCUCAAACAGCUCAUGGAGAGCACCAACAUGGCUUGCUUGACUCCAGAAGCUUCACUCAAGGGAGAUUGCCGGUUCCUGAGCGCCAACCUGUAUGCCCGAAGCGUAUUUGGUGAGGACGCACUUGCAAACCUGAGCAUUGAGAAGGAGGGCGAAGACGGCCCGAUCACAGGAUUCGUACGGAUAAGAAGCCGUUCCCAGGGUCUUGCUUUAAGCCUAGGAUCGCUGAAGGGCCUGAAGGCUUCUGCGGCAUGA